CCAGUGUGGAGCCAGAGAGGCUUCAGCAGGAGAUUAAAGCCAAAGUCCUUGCACUCUACACACUGGAGGCUCACCCACUGACCGACUGAUGAUCUGGAUGUUUUUGUGAAGAGCCAUUCCCCCAUAAGGUUUGAGAUGCUUGGACUCAGCUGCAGUAUUUACACAUAUCUUCGAGAGUAAGGAGUUGUCUACAAGCUGCUACAAGCAGCAAAACACUUUCAAACAGAAGCAAUUUUGAUUCCUCUCAGUUUUUGGUAGUGGUUUUCAACUUCAAUUUUUGCUCAAAAGGAAUGUUCAAGGCCUCUUGCAUUUAGCUGACUUAACUGUGGAAGUUGGUGAACUAUAAACACAUGCUAACUCUUGCAAGGCCUUUUCUAAAAUACUAAGAAGAACCUAAAUAAGUAUCAACUUCUAGAAAAAGCCCCAUCUGGUAUCCUGUCAUCAUGAGUAGCGGCGGAACCACCGUAGUUUCACCACCGGAGCCUCAGACUUUCAAACGGGCCAUACGGAAGAUAAAAUGUGCUGCUAUGGUGUCGUCUUUGGCAAAGAGCUGGCAGGGUUGGGCCGUCGACCACGCAGAAAAGCAGGAUGCUAUCCCGAGUGGCUGGAUGCCUUCAUCUAUCAAGGAGGAAGACCAGAAUGACUGCAAGGACACGGUCAAACUGACUGUCACACCACGUGUAAUGGCAAAAGAUGCUGCCGACACCACUGCGAGUAAGAUCAGGACCUGUUCUGUCACCAAGACCAUCCAGCCCAAAUGCUGUGGGUUCAGCUGCAGUGAAUUGGUCGACGCCAUCAACAGCAAGAUGGAGUCAAGUCCAGAGGAGAGCAAUCAAUAUCUAGGCAACGAGUCCCUGAAGAGUUCAAGGAGUAGCAGUGUGGACACAGAGGAUAGUGGGCUUGGAGAGGAGGCAGGACUCAGCAGCAGCAGUGAAUCCAACUUGAGUUACAUCAAGACCAAAAAACAAACCAACAGGCCCAAGAUUAAGAUUGCAACGAUGAAUGACAUCAGAGGCCGCUGGCAGCAGUGGUCGGAGCAGCACAUUGAGGGCCAGAAGCUCAACCCCUUCAGUGAGGAGUUUGACCAGGAGUUUGCCAUGGCUCAGCGUCUCUGCAAGGGCGACACAGGCUAUGGGCGACCCAAAGAUGGCUCGAAGACGGCCGAGAGGGGUGACCGGGCCCAGAGGCACAUUCACAGGGAGAUGGAGGAGAUGGUGUGGAUUAUCAGAGACAUGGGCAUCAAGGAUAAAAAGGGACAUUGCGUCAUUACCUUCGGCCGGCUCUUUGACCGCUAUGUGAAGAUCUCUGACAAGGUGGUGGGCAUCCUGCUGCGUUGCCGCAAACACAACAUGCUGGAUUUUAAGGGGGAGAUGUUGUGGAAAGGACAGGAUGAUGGUGUUAUUAUCACACUGAGGGACUAAAGACAGAUGUAACGUCUUAUGAACAACCAUGAACACUAAAUCUCAUGUGAACCUGGCCAAAGAAACAGCUGGUUAGGUUCAGUGAGAAUUACACAUAGGGGAAAAUACAUUAAAACGAUAGUUUGAUCUGUAUAUGAAUCUGGUAAAUCUCAGGAAUUGUGAUUUAUUACUGUAUUACAUUUAUAAUAAAUAACUCCCAGGGAUGUAAGUUACACUUGCACAAGACAUUAGUUCUUCUCAUGUACCUAACAGGUCAUGUGGUGAGGGGAAGAUAUCUUUAGCAUGCUAACCAUGCUCGCCUUGAUAGGUAUGCUAGUGCUAGGAUGUAAUGCUGGAAAGCUCCACUCAGGCUGCGGUUAAAGAAACUCAGUGUUGCUUUCAUUUCAUAAUUCUGGACUUACAGAGCAAAGUGACCAGUUGUCAUUGUCUCUUUUGGACUCGGGGUCUCAUGCCUCAAGCCUGGUCAUAGAUAGCUAAUAUAGGGCAGAUAGUAUAGAAAGAGUAAAUGAAGUGUUAUAUUAAAUCAGCUGAGUUACUUUCUAAAUGGUUUCAAUCUUUUUAAUAGCCCCACACACAUGUCUUUUUUUAUUUGUUUGUUUGCAAGACUUUACAAAAGUUCUACCAAACUAGUCGACGUGGAAAUGUUGCUAAUUUACUUUUUCAGCAAAAUGUGUGUCAUAUGUAUCAUGUGAACAUCUGUAAUGUGACGUAGCUGAUGCUUCUUGUGCAGGUUAUCAGUAAGUCAUGGUCUAGUUGGGUGCUGUGAACUGUUCUCCAGACUGACUGAAAAAAAUCCUUAUAAAGUUAUGUUAUGAGCAUUUUAUGUGUAAUGAAAACAGCAGUAGCAAGAAGUAACGUGCAAAGGGACAAAGUGACAUCAUUUAUGUGUAAAAAAAAAAACAAUACUGAAUGUGUUUGUUACUUAAAAUCGUUUACCAGUAAAUGACUGCAUUUUGAAAUUUACCUCACUUAAACAAGCAGGAGAGACUUCAGUGGUGUAAAUGAAACUUUAAGAGCUUCAUCAAAUAGAUUGGAAUGCUUUUUUCUUUUUUUUUUUUAAAGUAAACACAUGUGUGGAGGAGUACACUGCUUCCUGUAAAUGUAAGCUUUGUCAAUGGAACAUGCAUUUAGUACUGAGACUGUGAAAUUAGAUUCCGGUAGUUUUGUUGUGCUUAGAGGAGGAAAUCAAUAAUACAUUUAAAUAUUGCUUU